UUUGUGCACCUGAAGUGGAUCGUUCAUUCGGAGCUUCAUGUGAUCCACCAGCGAAGAACAAGGCAGCCCGCUGGCGUUGGCACUGCUCCUGCUCCCAGCCCUAACAGGUCUUCCCAGCUAUUUCCUGUAUCAUGGCAUCUCUGAUAAGUCUAUUAUCGACCGCCUUUUAAUUAACAUCCUUGCACAGAAUAGGCAUUUCUAGAUUUGGGUUGCCGGUGAAAUUCCCUCAAGGGAAAGAGGGUUAAAAAAAUCCCAUUACGUCAAAUUUAAAGGCUGUUUAAUGGAUCACAGUGUUUACAGAAUGCUAUCAAUGAAGUGAAAGCAUUCUGCCACCUUGCUACGCGAAUUGUAUGUGGCUACGCUGAUGGUUUAAAUGAUUGCUUUCAGAAUAGACAAUAGGAUAGAAAUUGUGCAAUUAAAACGACGCGUUAAUUGAAUCAGACCACCCACUCUCACUCCCCUCAAUGCAAACCCCCUCCUCACCGAUACCCCUCCCUCUCGCUCUCCCACAUACACCCCCGCAACUGCAAUUUAUUAGUCCCGAGUUCUGUCAGAUCCGCGCUGGGCAUUAGAUGUCUUCGUAAGAGUGACGCUGUCACAUUUCACCCCAUGAACUGAUGUGUGGCAUCUUUUGAAUUCCUACGUUCAAUCCAACACUGGGUAAAAAUACCGUGCGGAUUGCACACCCGCCUGGACCGACAGACUGCCCACGGGUCGGAUGUUGCCGUCUAAGGAAGAACAGAAGAAAAUGCAGAAGGAGUAAUUGAUGAAGAAAUCGGUUUGAAAAAAAAGGAAGCAGCAGCGGGCUGGCGUUUUUUUUGAUAGCUUUCGAAAUCGCGAAGCCUUGUGGAACAGGGUGUGUGCAUGUGUGUGUGUGUAUGUGUGUAUGUGUGUGUGUAUGUGUGGAGGCUGCGGCGCCCCGUAGCACACAGCACAUCCCCAGUCGGAAGAGCAGCUGGAUUGCUAUUGUCAUCUCGGACCAGCUGAGAUAAAGCAGCUGCGGCAUCGUCCCUGGGAUAGAAGCAGCAGACCCGCGCCGAGCCCAUACAGCCACCCAUCUCCCGGCCACAGCAGCCCCUCACCGUCUCCCAGUCGCACCAAACUGGGGACUCUGACCUUGGGCUGGCAAGCGGCACUGUUCGCAGGUUUGCUUUUUACUGGAAAAGGGGCGACGACAAAAGGGAAGCCAAACAUUUCUCUCUCUGUUUACACUUCAUGGGGAUGUGUUCAAGGCAGGAGCGGAUACAGACAGACAUAGACAGCGUACUCCAGAGGUGCAAGGCGGACAAGGACUGCCUGUUUUCCGAUUUCAGAUAUUCCGAUUCCACGUUCACCUAUACAUACACAAGAGGCUCGAAGAGGGUGUCUUAUUCUGUUCACGUCUCCGAGGAUUAUCCAGAUAAUACAUAUGUGUCAAAUUCAGAGAAUGAUGAUGAUGUGCUAGUCACAAGGGAUCCCAUUCCAGUAAUUUUCCAAAGAAUAGCAACAGAAUUGAGGUUCAGUAAUGAUGCCACGAGUUGCCUGUCUAUCAGAGCCAAACUGCACAAUGAGAGGUGCCAGGAGACCAGGCAUACUUGCACAAUAGAAGAGGAUUCCGAAGGGGACAAUGAUUCAGAAGAAUUUUAUUAUGUAGGCCAGGGAAAUUAUGACGGUGAACUUCAUAAGCAUCCACAGCUUGAAGCUGACCUGGCAGCCGUGCGAGAGAUCUAUGGACCUGGUGCAGUAUCCCUCAGGGAGUAUGGAGCAAUUGAUGAUGUGGACAUCGACUUGCACAUCGAUGUCAGCUUUCUCGAUGAGGAGAUUGCUAUUGCAUGGGAUGUUAUUCGCACAGAACCUGUGAUCGUGCGACUGCAUUGCUCUCUCACGCAGUAUUUAAAUGGCCCAGUUCCAACAGUUGAUGUUUUCCAAACAUCGACGAAGGAUCGAUUUGGAUUGGGGCAUCAAUUGAAAAAAAUUAUGCAGACUUUUGUUACACACCAGUGGAAGCAGAACAGCAAGGAGAAACUCAACUGCCCACAUGGCAAAAAAAUUAGUGAGAAGAAGGUGAAAUCACCGCUGCACAUAUUUUCAUCUUUGCGCAGGUCGCCAAGUUAUCCUCCGCCUGGAUGUGGCAAAAGCAAAUCAAAACUGAAACCAGAGCAAGAUGGAAUUCCCAAAUCUCAGAAACUGCUCAAGAGGAACUGUUCCAAUUCUGCAAAAGUGGAAGAUGGUUGUGAUUCCAAACCUCACAAACCUAUUGGCCGUUCUUUUUCCAGUGAUCCCAGAACUGAUCAGACUAAUUCGUCAAAGCCACAUAAACUUUUAAGUCGAUCAUGUUCUGCCACCAUGAGGCUGGAUGAAAAUCUUCCUUUGAAGUCCCACAAAUUACUGAGCAGGACAUGUUCUGGUGACACCAGAUGCGAGCACAACAGUGCACCCAAACCACAUAAACUGCUGAGCAAGUCUUGUUCCAGCACUCUGAAGACAGAGGACACAGAUGGACUGAAACACCACAAACUGCUGAGCAGAUCUUACUCCAGCAAUGCCAAAGUGGGUAAGACAGAGCUGUGCAAAGAGCCCACUUCUGAGGGUAGAAGACUCUCACUUACCUCAGGUCUCAUUGGCAUUUUAGCACCUUCCUCUUCAUCACAGCCCACAUCUGGCUUUAAUGUGAAAACACUAGUAUCAAGGGAGCAUGGAUUUCUCGUGCAGACAAUUGAAUACGCAGAGCAGCGCAUACCGGUCCUCAACGAAUACUGUGUCGUGUGUGAUGAGCCUCAUGUCUUUCAGAAUGGACCAAUGCUACGGCCCACAGUUUGUGAACGGGAGCUGUGCGUUUUUGCCUUCCAGACUUUGGGAGUAAUGAAUGAAGCUGCAGAUGAAAUAGCAACAGGAGCCCAGGUGGUGGAUUUAUUGGUGUCCAUGUGCCGAUCUGCUUUGGAGUCUCCAAGAAAAGUGGUCAUUUUUGAGCCAUAUCCAUCUGUGAUGGACCCUCUUGAUCAUCGGAGCUUGGCAUUUAACCCAAGGAAAAAAGACUAUGAACGAUUAGUUAAAGCACUGGACAGCAUAACAUCCAUCAGGGAAAUGACCCAGGCACCAUACUUGGAAAUUAAGAAGCAGAUGGACAAGCAGGAUCCGCUGGCGCAUCCCCUGUUACAAUGGAUUAUUUCCAGUAACAGAUCGCAUAUUGUAAAAUUGACUGCAAAUAGGCAACUAAAGUUCAUGCACACGCCACACCAGUUCCUGCUCCUCAGCAGUCCACCGGCCAAAGAAUCCAAUUUCAGGGCAGCAAAGAAACUUUAUGGGAGCACUUUUUCAUUUCACGGCUCACAUAUAGAGAACUGGCACUCCAUUUUAAGGAAUGGUUUGAUUGUUGCAUCUAACACACGAUUACAGCUACAUGGAGCAGUGUAUGGGAAUGGUAUUUAUCUUAGUCCAUUGUCAAGUAUUUCUUUUGGUUACUCAGGGAUGAAUAAAAAGCAGCAGAAGGUGGCAACCAAGGAUGAACAGCCUUCAAACAAUAAAGCAGCCACUUUGCAGUCACAGAAAAAAGGACAGCAACCCCAGUUUUUGCAGAGUCGUAACCUGAAGUGUAUAGCCUUAUGUGAAGUGAUUACUUCACCAGAUUUGCACAAACACGGCGAAAUUUGGGUAGUUCCGCAAACAGAUCACGUCUGCACAAGAUUCUUCUUUGUAUAUGAAGAUGGCCAAGUGGGUGAUAUCAGUACAAAUACACAGGAUGCCAGCAUUCAUAAAGAAAUUCUUCGGGUCAUUGGAAACCAGACAGCUACAGGUUAAACGAAUCACACAUCAUCACUGACUGGAUCAGAAUGCCUUUUCUGGCUUUUAAGCUGCAGUGCAGUUUUGAACUAAAAUAUUAACCACCUAAUUUCAAAUGCACACAAUGUUAAGAUUUAAAUAACGCACUUUAAUUUCAAGAUUUCUUAUUUGAACCUUACAUAUUAGCAAUGCCAAGUCCGAAGUAUUGUCAGACAUCAAGUUGGCAUUGUUGCAGUAGGUUUUCCUGGAAAAUUUGUACAGUAUUAUGUAUUGGCCCUGAUUUUUAUUCAGCUUUGGCAAUGGUGGAAGAUUGAGAGUGUGAUUGUGCGUUGCGACUGGGUUAUACUCGGUGCUGAUUAGUUAAGCUGUGAAUCUUGGCAAAGUGUAGAACUGUGUAGAAUCUGCAAUGCGUGAUACAUAUGGGAUUGUGCCCCAUAGUGUCUCAAGAUGCCAUGAAGGAAUUCUGAGGAGGAAAGCUCUGCCUCAGGCAUCAGUGGAAUCAAGGGGCUGUUUCCUUCCAGGUUCAUCAAUUGUUCCUCUUUACUCAAGAAAUACUGCAGAGUUUUAGGAAUGGUGAUAUAAUCCUGUCCCAUUAAGAACAGGAAUUGUUUUUAAAGAUCAAGUCAGUUUGUCCUAUACCAGCCAAACCAUCAUUUUAUUUAUGUUUUGAAAAAGAUAAUUGUGAAGACAAAAAUAAAUAUUUUAAAAAAUACUGCCUGGGGUGCUUUGAUUGCAGGCCUUAAUGAAGAACCCAAACCCCUUAUCCUUCCAAUGCGCCAUGAUAAUGCCAACUUUUUAUAUAACAAAGAGCCUUUUUUU